AUGGCCAACUGCGGGCAGUGUUGCCUGCGACUGGCCUCCGGUGCAAUCAUCCUCCUCGUGGCAUGUCUGAUAGGAAUCCUUGUCAGCCUGGGAUCUACAGAGGCUGCAUGGCAGCUGGGGUCCGUUGAGGAGGUGUGGAACGACCUUGCGGGUUUGGACCUUUCUGCCUAUUUCGUGGCCCUUCUGAUCGGGAUCUUGACGACGCUCCCAGCCUUGUUUUGCAACAGGGGGCACUCAGAAAAGGAGGCACCGCUCGAACCGGAUUCGACAGGCAAAGCCAAUCCUGGCGUGGAAGUACCCAAGGCGCCGGCGCCCCCAGCGCCGGCGCCGAAGCCGAAGCCGAAGCCAAAGCCGCUCAGUCCCAGGAGCCAGGCAAAGGAGCUGGUGGGCUCUCGCAUGAGCCCGGAGCAGGCCCAGAAGGCCGCGGAGAAGAUCCUUUCCCUGAGGUCCUACGUGGAGCGCACAGACCCGAUCAACUUGGAUGAGAUGUGGGCCUUCUUUGAUAUGCCUGCGCCAACGAGUAGCAGAUCCAUGGAUCCAUCGGAUCCGAUCAUGCAGACUUUGAAGGGCAAGCUCAACCGACAACGGCUGCUCUUUCACCCCGAUAAGAACGGCCACCCUGAGGCCGAGAAGACCUUCAAGUUCCUGGAGGUCUGCCAUCAAAAGUUGAUGCGCGCAUACACGCGUCAGGGGGAGUCGGUCCAUCAAAGAACACGGCGAGAGGAGGAGGAGCUGAAGAAGGAGCAGGAGCGUCGUCAGAAACAGGAGGAGGAGCGGCGCGCGCAGAUGGCCUUGAUUGAGAAAGAAGAGGAGGAGAGGGUUCGCAGGGCUGAAAGGCAACAACAGCGCCUGGAGGCGAUGCUUCAAGCGAAGCAGUCAGCGUUCGAGGCCAAGUGCAACAACAGCCAGAUCCUUCCACGCACGUGUUCGAAUGAGCUGCCCGUCACGGGGAUCUUUGCGAAUACGUGUGUGCUCUCCAAAAGCCUUGUGGGCAGACAGGAGGAUGCGGAAGAGCCGACGGCUGCCAUCGGCAGGCUCAAGGUCUGUCUGCAGCGCGCUCGUGACCUACCCGUGCCAGAGUACUUUCUUUCUGGCUUCAACUUUGCAGAAGUGCGAGUUGGGGAGCAGAGCUUUCAGUCACCCAAAGUUGCGGGAGAAAAUCCUGUGUGGGACUGCAGCUUCAGCUAUGAUGUGCACCGGGUGGACACGGUGCUGAAGGUCAGCAUCUUUCGUGAGGGCUGGUUUCAGGACAAUUUUCUCGGGAAGCUGGAGAUCCCGUUCCUGGACAUUGAGGAGUGGUCGGGGCAUCCGAUCGGGCGGCUCCUCGAGCCGGAAGACGACGUGGGCGACUCGUGCAUGCUUCUGGAGCUCUGUGCUUCUUUCGAGUGGUUCUGA